UAGAGGAAGAUGUAAAGAAAAAAUCAAAAAAUUAUCCUUUAACCGAAUUGUCAAUUUUGAGGAGGAAUCUUCAAAUAAAAAGAGACAAGGCUUGGAGACGAUAUGUCAAUAAUUUUAGAAAAAAGAAAUUAAUAGCUUCCUUGAACUUUCUAAAAGUUCAAACUAGAAAGAGAAAAAAUCGGAAAUCUUGUCAAAUUAUUCAAAGGGAAAUGGAUUUCUACGAAAAAAAUAAGUUCCUUGGAAGAGAAGAGUUUUUUGGAGAGGAUAAAGAGAACAGAAAAAAACAGAAUGAACAAGAUUCAAUGGCCGAAAAUGUUGACAAUGAAAAGUGGCUUAAUUUGAUGAAAACGCUUGAGGAAGACUCAGGAGAAUCAACAGUCGAAGACCCACUCAUAACAGAAAUUAUGCGGAAUGAGAAAAACUUGCAUAAAAAUGAUAUAAAAGAGGAAAAACGAAAAGAUAAAAAUAAAGAAAAAUUGAAUAAUUCGAUAAAAUUCAGUAAAAUAGAAAAAGUUGAAGAGACGGAAGGCAAGUUGCCAAAUUUAGGAAAGAAGGCAUCGUUACUUGCUCGUGAAGGCGAAGAUAAUUUCAAUUUUCUGGUGGAGGAUUUGGACUCGAAAGCUUCAAGAAGAAUGAGCGUUUCCGAAAAAGGAAAGAAAAGGAAAAAUUUAGAUGAGAUGUCAAGAGACACGUGUUUUUACUCUCAUCCCUCUGAUGUUAUUUUUAAGGAUUUCGAGCCUGGAAAAACUUACUUUCGAAAAGUUGUAAUCUGCAAUAAAUCUUCAAAAUGGGCUUAUUUGCGUUACGAUCGUAUCAAAUGGAAAACACACCCAGAAAAUCUUGAGGUAGAAAUUGAGAAGGCGACAAGACUCAGGCCAGGUUUGCAGGUAACACUGACCGUAAAAUUUUCUUCUGAGAAAGAAGAGGACGUUAAAGCUGACCUAAUUUUCUUGACCUUGAGUCCAGAAAAUCCAGAAGAUUUUCACAUCUUCCGAAUCUGCGUUCUUUGCCUUCCAAAAAAACCAAUAUUUUUAAUCGAACCAACAGAGUUACGGUUCCCUACCUUGCCAAUUUGGAAAUAUCGUGAAUUUGGUUAUUUAAAAAAUACUCUGACUAUUUCCAAUCUGGGUUCAAAGCCUUUCUCAUUUCGAAUCCUUAAUGAACCCAGGGGAGAAAGUUUUUUCUGGGAUAUUUGGGAAUCUGGAUCCCAAAAUUCUGAAUAUAAAAUAAUUCAGGCUGACGAUUUUGUCCUUGAUUUCCAUCUUCAAGCUGACGAAGAAAUAAGAAAAAAAGUCCCGGAUGCGUUUCCAUCCCAGAAAACAGGAAGCUCAAUCGAGCUUGAUUCAAGGAUGUUUGAAAAUAAAAAUGAGAAUGAGGAAAUGGGAAAAUUUCUAUUGGAAUUAAAACCAAAAUCAAAAUUUCAAUUAAUGAUUCAAUUCAGCCCAAAGUAUGUUGGAAUGCACCGCGAUGCCGUAAUUAUAGAUUUUGAAAAGGAAGGAAAAAUUUUUAAGAAAGAAGUUGUGAAUAUUGUUGGGGAAGUUAAUGGUUUAAAUAUCAGUCUGCAUCCAAUGGUAAUCGAUUUGGGUACGAUAGUAACAGAUUCUGAAGUGUAUCAACAAAAUUUUAACGUUACGAAUAGUGGUAAUACAAGUAUGGCUGUAUUAUUAAAGACACCAAAACGUUUGGGUAAUCAAAUCGAGGUUUUUCCAAAAUCAACUAUCGUCCAACCAAAAGGAUCAAGUAUUAUAAGCGUCCGAUUAAUUCCCAAAGAAAAUAUAACAAACCAACGAUUGGGGUACUUUGAUCAAACUUCAAGUAUUUUGACGAUUCCAAUACAAAUAAAACCUUCUUCACCUGAAGCUCAGAAUGCCCCACCACUAAUUUUAAAAAUGUUGGCUACAGUCACAACUUCACAUGCAUUGGUGCUGAAACCCGAAUUUCUAUUUUUGGGACGUGUUCACAUUCAGGAAUCAGUCAUCAGUAAUUUUUAUUUAACAAAUGAGUCUCUAAUAGUUCAAGAUUUUGGUUUUCUCAAUUUGCCUUCUUAUCUUGAAAUUCAGCCAAAUUACGGAUUUGGUCAAAUUUUGCCUGGAGAAACAAUAAAAUUGGAUUUAAUUUACUCACCCUCUUACAAUGAUUUACAAAAAAAAGAUGGAAAUUCGAGAGAAAAUCAGAUACUUCAAAUUCAGGCUAUGACGAUGGCAGAAUUGGUGGGAAAUAAAAUUCUGAUUGAAAGAGUGAAAGCUGGAAAACAGCUACAAAUAGUAAAAGAUUUUUCUGAAGAAAAAUCCGAAAUUUCUGAUCAUUUUGAAGACGAAAUUCCCAGUCAUUUUCUGAAUUUAAGAGGAAGCGAGGAUAGUUUAGAAGCUGGCUUAAAUUCAACAAUUAUUUGUCCUGAAAUUUUCAAUUACGAGGAGCGAAUCGAUGACACAAAAAAUAAAAAAAAUGCAAUUGAAGUCUAUGUACAAAUCGUCGAUCUCUUUUGUGAAUUUAGUGAACAAAUUAUUGAAUUUCCAGCUACACCAUGUGGCUCUUUUUCAAUGACAUCAAUUCAAUUAAGAGGAUUUAAUUGUUCGCCAAAUGAAAAUAAAGGGAAAAAGUACUCUGCUACCUAUGAGUUUAAAACUUCUUCCGAGUUCAUUCAAAUUUCACCUCAAAAAGGUUUUUUGAAAAGUGGUGACAUUGUUAAGGUCACUUUUCUUUUUGCACCUGAAAUACCGAGUCAUCUGCUUUUCAAAAAAGGUUCUGAAUCAAAAGCGGAAAUUAUAGGAAAAGAAUUUAAGAAGUCAAAAGAGGAAAUCCUAAAACGUGACAAAAAGGAUACAAAUUUAAUGAAAGGUAAAAAAAACUUGGUCGGUAAAAAAUCUCAAAAAGACGAAAAACUAGAAAUGAGUUCAUGGGAGGAAAUACAGGAAGAAAUAAGCCCUUUGGAAUAUUUCGAGCCCUACGUCUUUACAACUAUCGUAACUUGUAAUCUGAAAAUUGAAGAAAAAAAUUCUGAAUUUCGCAAUAAUGAAAUUUUAGCUGCAAAACUAUAUUGUCCUGUUGUAAAACCCGAUUUCUUAAUUUUAAAUAAUUCACGUGAAUUUGAUUUUGGCCCAACUGCAGUUGGCACCACUGAUAGAAAAAUGCUGUUUGUGAAAAAUAUCUCUAACAGAAAAUUAAAAAUCGAUGCAACCCUUUUGAAUCCCUUCGGGCCAUUUUUUAUGCCACCCGGAAAGUUGGUUGAGCCUGGUUCAAUCUUAACAUUGCCAAUCACUUUUUCCCCAGAGGCAGAAGGAGAUCAAGUGCAUGAAUUUUUUGAAAUUCGCGCCACCGGAACUCUAACAACUUGGCGAAUGGCUGUUUCCGGAAAUGGUGUAGUUCCGAGUUGGACCAUCGAACCAAAAAUUUUAGUAGCAAGAUUGGAAGCUAAACCGGGACAAUCUAAAGAAUUAAAAAUGAAGAUAAAAAAUACUGGCGAGUGUCCACUAACCUUCAGGAUGAGAGUUCUUGAUUUUCUCGAAGGUCCAAUUUCUUCGCCCGUCUGGCAAAACAAGGAGGAAAAAACAAAAAAAGGAAAAAGGACAAAAAGUUGUCCCAUAAAGGAAAAAUUCUCAAUUCGACUAACCGAAGAGGAGCUGGAGGCGAUUUAUGGCAAGAAACUCAGUCUAAUCCAGAAUCAAAACGUAUUUUCUUUCGUGAACUUUGAUGAGAAAAUGUGUCUUCGUGUUCAACCCAAAAAAAAUGUGGAUUUCAGUAUACAAUUUCAUCCUAGAAAACCGGAAAAUGAAAUUGAAUUGAGCAAGGAAAGAAAGAGGGAAAAGAAGCUAAGUGGAAGAGAAUCGAAGAAUGAAGUUGAAACAAAGAUGGAAUCAAUUUAUCAGAUUGGAAGAUUCAAUCUCAGUCUUGGUAAUCUUAUUGACGUACAAGACAUCAUUUUAAUAUGUCGAACAAAACAAUAA